CUCGUAGAGAUGUAGCCGUGUCUCUAGUCCUGCUACUGAACCGAAAGGGAAGUACUGAGUGACCAGCAGCCGCUCCGAAGACUCGUCCAGACUUGACAGACCAUGGACAUCCACAAACUGGCUGAGAGACUCGCUAAAGCCGGACAGUCUCAUGUCAUCCAGUUUUGGGACCAGCUCAGCCCUGAGGAACAAGGUGAGAUGAGUCUCGACCUGGAGAGCAUGAACUUCCUGGAGAUUAAUAACUUCUUUAAGUCGGCCAUGAAGACGUCUGGGCAGAGCUCACAGGAGAAGGUGGACACCAGGAUGGAGCCAGUGCCCAGAGAUGUUUUAGGGAGCGUGACACGUGAUCGUGAAUGUCUCAAAGAAUGGGAAAAAGAGGGCUUGCGCUGUAUAGCGGAGAACAAAGUAGCAGUUCUUCUCUUGGCUGGAGGUCAAGGGACACGGUUGGGGGUAUCAUUUCCAAAAGGCAUGUAUGAUGUGGGCCUGCCUUCCCACAAAACCCUCUUUCAGAUCCAAGCAGAGCGCAUCCGAAAACUGGAACAACUUGCAGAAAAGCAGCACUCAAGGAAAUGUUGCAUUCCUUGGUACAUUAUGACAAGUGGCAGAACAAUGGACAUGACCAAAGAUUUUUUCAUUCAGCACAAAUACUUCGGAUUAAAGGAAGAGAAUGUGGUUUUCUUUCAGCAAGGCAUGCUUCCAGCCAUGGACUUUAAUGGCAAAAUCAUUCUGGAGGGCAAAUGCAAACUAGCCAUGGCACCAGAUGGUAAUGGGGGUCUAUACAGAGCUCUCGGGACACAAAAUAUUGUGAAAGACAUGGAGACUAGAGGAAUCUCCUACAUACACGUCUACUGUGUGGACAACAUUCUUGUGAAAGUGGCCGACCCUGCUUUCAUUGGCUUCUGUACACUUAAAGGAGCAGAUUGUGGUGCAAAGGUUGUGGAGAAGACCAAUCCCACAGAAGCAGUGGGUGUGGUCUGUAAGGUGGACGGCCGUUAUCAAGUUGUAGAGUAUAGUGAGAUUACCCUGGCAACGGCGGAGAAGAGAAGCACUGACGGUCGACUGAUGUUCAAUGCCGGCAACAUUGCCAAUCACUUCUUCACCCUCACUUUCCUCAGAGAGAUUGUGAGGACUCACGAGCCGCAGUUGCAACACCAUGUGGCACAGAAGAAAAUCCCCUACGUGAACACUGAAGGACAGCUAAUCAAACCUGACAAACCCAAUGGGAUUAAAAUGGAAAAGUUUGUCUUCGACAUAUUCCAGUUUGCCAAAAAAUUUGUGGUUUAUGAAGUUCUGAGAGAAGACGAGUUUUCUCCACUGAAGAAUGCAGACAGUCAGGAUGGGAAGGACAAUCCCACUACAGCCCGUCAUGCUCUCAUGUCUCUGCAUCACCGCUGGAUCCUAAAUGCUGGAGGACAUUUUGUAGAUGAGAACGGGACCCACAUACCUGCUAUACCCAGUCUGAAGGAUGGAACAGAUCUGCCAAUCAAAUGUGAGAUCUCUCCUCUUGUGUCCUAUGGUGGUGAGGGUUUGGAGCAUCUUGUGAAUGAAAAAGUCUUCCAGCCGACUCUGAUCAUCAAUGAGAGCGGCGUCCACGAGCUUGUGAAGAAUGGCCUGUGAAGCUGGAGCUACUGCACUUGAAACCAAAAAAAUGAAGACUCUUGAUCUCUUUAUCAUCUCCAUUUUUCAACUAGGGUGAAGGAAAGCAUGAAAUUCUAGUGCAAUAAAAUGAAGGAAGGAGGGGGCCAGAAGGCUAAACACAAUCAAACCGUUUUAUGAUCAAACUAUUUAUUUUGUGAAGACUUAUUUUUAUAUCAAUAUCUAGUGCUUUUUUUUCUACAACCGGUACUUGGGUAUUAAUUUAUGAAUAGAUGUACAGCAUCGCAUCAAAUCAAACUCAAUGAUAUGAACUGUAGAUAGCUUUAAUGGACACCGUUAAGACUUUAGGCAUUAUUACUUAAUCAUUUCCAUUCUUAAAACAUAUUGAUAACUGUAAAAACUACUGUAAGAAAAUGUUUGGUCUUUUCUGUGCAUGUCUGUUUUUGACAGGUAUGUUUCUCGAGCAGAGUAAGUGAGCAAAAGUAUGGCAUUACUUCAGACUUUCCAGCACAGGAUUUAUGGGAGAGGAUCUGAUUGGUUGGAAUCUGUUGCCGGCACACUCUCUGCAGUCUUUUCCGGUUAGCUUUCCUCUGUACCACAUUUGUUAGUUCAUUUAUGUACAUCCAUGUAUAAAAUAAUUGAUCUUGAAAA